AUGUUGUUCAUCUCUCAACCCUAACAAACAAUCCCAAUUCUUCUUCUUUUAAUCAUGUCGGGCAAUCUUCCGUCAGGACUUGCUAAUCCCCAAAUCCAACCAACUGUUUUGGAGGAGAUCUGUUCGGAGUUUAUAAAAGGGAUCGAUGGCGCAUCACUUCUGCACAUUGCUUUCGAGCAGAUAGUUCGACCAAUUGUAAAAAAGGAAAUUGAACAGCAGCUGAAAUAUCUCAACAAUGGAAAAUGCUAUUCUGGUGCUGCUGGCAGCUCUUCUGAACCGAGAUACUUGGAAUUACGAUUCUCAUCUAAUGUUUCGGAGACUGUAUGGACAGCAGAACCCAUACGAGGUGAAGGGAACAGCUCCAUUUUAGUAACUCUAUUUGAUGUUCAUACUGGCGAAGCUGUCAUCUCCGGACCAGAAGCUUCGGCAAAAUUGGAAAUAGUUAUCCUAAAGGGAAGCUUUGACAGAGAUGAUUGGACAGCAGAAGAGUUCAGCCAAAAUAUUAUAAAGGAAAUGAAUGAGAAAAAAAUCCUCAAGGGAAAUGUUCUUCUUGAACUAAAAGGCGGCAUAGGAACCUUGGGCGACCUCUCGAUCUUGCAUGAUAAGAAUUGGAAGCCGGUUAGUAAGCUAAGGCUUGGAGCAAGAUUCGUGGAUACUUUUCAGAAUAUCAGAGUAAAGGAAGCAAAGACAAACACUUUCACUAUGAAAGACAAAAGGAUGAAAGAUAAUAGGAAGGGCGUAGAAGUAGUAUCUCUAAGUGAUAAUGUAAGCCGCCUGAAAAACAUUGGACAACGUGGGCCUAUUGUUGAGCGUUUGAUGGAAAAAAACAUAAAAACUAUAAAAGAUUUUCUAAGUCUAUAUUUUGCACGCCCUGAUGAGCUGCGGAGGAUCCUUGGGCGUGGCUGGAGUGAGGCGAAAAUGCAGGCUACUAUAAAUCAUGCUCUUAAAUGCAAGGGAAGCACUGCACUUAAGUGUGAUGCACAAAAACUUGUGGAAUAUGCUUUUGAUAACAAGGAGGAGGGAGUUGUUUGCGAUGAAACUUUACCGCCUUUAGUUUCACAUACUACUACUGCUUCUUGGGCUUCCAUGAUGGGUGAGGAUGUUGUUGCAGAGACAUCAGUUGGAACUGCUUUCAUCAGUGAAGAAGAGAGAAAUGCUUCACUUUUUUAUGAUCCUCUCUUAAUCAUAAAAAAUGGACAUGAUCAUUCUACUACUACUUCAGGGGGGAUAAUCUCGAGCUCUGAUAAUGAUCAUUCUUGGGAUGUUAUUGGCAAAAAUGAUCCUAAUAAUAUCUUUCAGGUACCAGAUAUGGAUGAUUUUAACUGGACUAAUCAUCAUAUUCUUCUCCCAUGAUGGGUGAUGAGGAUGUUGGUGCAGUGGCACCCGUUGGAACUGCUAUCCUCAGUGAAGAAGAGAUAAAUGCUUCACUUUUUUAUGAUUCCCUCUUCAUAAAAAAUGGGCAUGAUCCUACUACAACAGGAGAAAUAAUCUCGAACUCUUGUAACCAUUCAUGGAAUGCAAUUGACCAAACUGAUCCGAACAUUAUCUAUCAGGUACCACAUAUGGAUGAUUUUAACGGGAAUAAUAAUCAUAUGUAUCAGGUAUCAUCAUUUAGUAUCGUGGAUCAAUUCUUGAAUGGAACUUGGUUUGAUGGGCUUGAUUGAGAACUACAAGCUUGAAAGUGAGCUUCUUUCUUUUUAUUUUCAUUCUAUUUUACCAUGUUGGUGAAUGUGACUCAGGGACGAAGCCAGGAUUUGAAACCUACCCGGGCUAAUUUUUUUUAAAAAAAUCUAUCCGGGCUAGUUUUAUAGUUGGAUGUCACUAAUGUCUUUUAGCGACGGAAAUGACCAAUAACGACGGUAAUUUACCGUCGUUAUUGAUGAAAAUACGCAUGCCGUUUAAGGCUACCCGGGCUACAGCCCGGGCCGGCUUGUACUUGGCUCCGCCCCUGAAUGUGAGCAUUCGAGCCUGUUAUAAUUAAAUAUCCAACUCUCUUUGUUUUUUCUGUACAGAGAAUUUGACUAAAAGAAAUAAUGUAUAAACUUUUGAUCUUAUGUUUUAUGUUUAUUUUUUUUUAUAGUAAUGUAAACUUGAAUUUACCAUAACAAUAUUGAACUUGUGUUUUAAUUCUUG